AUGCCAGGAAAAAAGAAAAAAGGCAAAGCGACUAAAAAAAAAGGAGAUGGUUCAGCAAGUGGAUCUCCGAAAAAGAAAGGCAAAUCAAAAUCAAAAAAAGUAGCUGAAGUACGUCCAGAAAUUGAUAUUCUAUCACCGGCUGCUGUAAUCAAUUCAUAUUAUAUAUGUCAUGAUGUGACGGAUUGUUUAACUGCACGAGGUUUUGGAUGGGAAGGAGCCAAAAAAAAGAAAGGCAAAAAGAAAGGCAAAAAGAAGAAAUAG